GUCAAGCACGUGGUAUAAACGUCGCGAGCUUGUUAUAAACAUCAGCAAUUUUAAUUCUAUGAUUUUAUGCUGCUAAGUGUGAACAGAAACACGGAAGAAAAAGGUCAAGUGAACGAAUAUGGAUUUGUCCGAACAUUCUAUGGAGCGUCCAUUUCAGACAGAACCCCAAGAUCUGUCACCAAGACCUUCCCCACACGUGAUGACGAUUUCUAUUAGUAAAUCCCCCUCUCCUCCACUACUGGGUACAGAUGUGGGGAUAGGAUCACCAGAAUCAUAUCGUAGUUUAUCACCGUCUACUGGACCUAUCCGAAAGGGAAUGCCUGGUUUAAGUUGUUUAGUAUGUGGUGAUACAUCCAGUGGUAAACAUUAUGGUAUUUUGGCUUGUAAUGGAUGCAGCGGAUUCUUCAAAAGAAGUGUAAGACGAAAGCUUAUUUACAGAUGUCAAGCUGGAACAGGGAUGUGUAAUGUUGAUAAAGCACACAGAAAUCAGUGUCAAGCCUGUCGCCUGAAGAAAUGUAUUACAUUGGGCAUGAACAAAGAUGUUAUCGUGUCUUCAGCUGUACAGAAUGAGAGACAACCGAGGAACACGGCCCAAGUCAGAGAAGAUCAGAUAGAACGAGAACUAGAACACCCGAUGUCUGUAAACAGUGCCACCGUAUCAGCCACCCAUCCCGCCUUUAGUCCUGGUGCCACCCACAGAUUUAUGGCCAGCCUAAUGACAGCUGAAACCAACGCCAAGCUAGAGCCCGAUGAUACGGGACUGGAUGAGAACAUAGAUGUGACUAGUGUUGAACAAGAGAGACCACGACCACAUACAGCAGUUUAUCCCGAACCUAUUAUGUUCCCCGCUGGACAAGAAACUAUCUAUGAAUGUUCUGCACGUCUUCUUUUCAUGGCUGUCAAAUGGUCGAAAAAUUUACCUUCAUUUUCCAAUUUACCUUUCAGAGAUCAGGUAAUAUUAUUGGAAGAAGCGUGGAGUGAAUUAUUUCUAUUGUGUGCUAUUCAAUGGUCGAUGCCAAUGGAAGCGUGUCCACUUUUUAUACUUCCCGAACAUGCGCACACAGGACAGACAGGCAAGGUCUCACCAUACAGUGACAUGCGUAUCUUACAAGAAGUGAUGAACAGAUUCAAGGCUAUCUGCGUUGAUCCAGCAGAAUUUGCCUGUCUUAAAGCCAUUGUUUUAUUUAAGCCAGAAACACGAGGUUUAAAGGACCCACAGCAAGUUGAAAAUUUACAGGAUCAAGCACAAGUGAUGCUUGGUCAACAUAUUCGGGCACAGCACCCCACAAGACCAUUCAGAUUUGGUAGAUUAUUACUCACACUUCCUGCUUUACGAUAUAUUCCAUUUGACCGAAUUGAGCGACUCUUCUUUGGUAGAACAAUUGGAAACAUGCCUAUGGAAAAGUUGUUAUGUGAUAUGUUUAAAAGUUAGUCGCUUCAAAAGAAACUGAUAUAAAACUGAAAAUAAAUUGUGCAAUAAACAGUGUAAAGAUAUAUAUAUAUAGUUGUAAAUAGAAUAAAUUAUACAUAUACAUUCAACGGUUAUUAUAUAAUACUCUGGCAUUCCAAUAUUGUAAAUAAAUUAUUUAAUUCUUUUCAUUAAUUAUCAGAUCAUACAUCAGGUUUAAAUUUUGUUUAAACCUUACUGUCAGGAACACGUCAUGUAACGUUAUAUUUAUAUUUGAAUAAUAAAUGUCCAAUUGUUUGGCAUGGGGAAUAGUCUUUGUGCAAUGGGGUUCUAAAGUUUUAGGGAUUUGUAUUGCCUAUGUUUAUUUUAUUAACAUUCAUUUGGCUGCGAUUUCUCUGUUGCUUUCAAUCUUAUUUAUAAUUUGUCUAAGACAGCAGCAUAUAGUUGAUUAUUUUACAACUGUGAUGGCCAUGUAUCGAUCAAACUGAUUUCACCCUGUUUCUCAUGUUUCUAGUGCAACUGCUGUUGUUUAAUUUUGCCGAAUUAUUCCGUUAGACUGACUGUGUAUUGUGGCCACUGGUAGGGUGAUUUUGAACAUUUCAGACCUCUUCUCGACCCACAACGGGUAGUCAUCUUGCAAAGGGCAACGGCGAAUUGAGCUGCCUUGUAUUCAUGAGCCAAAACGUUUGCCGGUUAUCUGGUGAUGGUCUGAGCUAAUCAAAGAAAGUAUACAAUACAAUAACGACACUAAAUCUAAUAAAGCGCAAACACUAUUAAGAAGUGAUUGCGAGGGUUAGUAUGGCCUUAGUCUUACUAAAUUUUAACAUUAUACUUAUACUGUAAAUAUCUAAUCUGUAUAUAAACUGAACAUUUUGUAAAUAUUAUCCAAUUUAUUACACUUUUACGCCAAUAUAUUAUUUAUUUAUUCAUUGUAUUAUACUUAGUUUAAGAAACUGUGAAAAUGCGAUCUUGAUUUCUUGGAGUGCUACAAGAACUGCCCACGAAUCUAUUUUAAGGCUAUACUUUAUCUGAAGUAGGCUACCUCAUGUUGAGAGUUCAUUGUCAAUAUGGCUAAGGUGAGCAGCGGACAUAUUCUAAAACCUGACCGAUUUCGUCCUCAUAACCUCUGCAGUUAUUUCAAGAAGAUUCAAAAUUGACGGUGACUUGGCGAAAUAUUACUCAAAAUAGCGUCAUUAAUUUUCCUUGUGGUCUUCAAUUACUAUUUUUUUUUUUUAUCUAAUCUACUCGUGUGAUUUAAAAUCAUUCUGAACGUCAGAGACACACAACCUGCGAACAUGAUCUAGCUAUCAUUUACGCACGAUUUAAAAUAUGGCCAAUUUACUAAAGGCUGUUUUCACAUCUCAUGUUUAAACAUAUUUAUGUACAUUUUUAAAAAAACAACAAACAAACUUGAACAUGUAAAAUACCGCGUGCAA